AUGAAUGAAAAUGAUAAAGACGGAGAAGAAGGAAAUAACGACGAUGAAAAGGAAGAAAACGAAAACAAAAACAAAAAAGGACCAAAUGGAGAGAGGCGAUCAAACACAAGGAAGAGAUGUUCAGAAAUUUUGUCUCCGAAAGAACAGGAGACUUUUGCAAAUAAAGAGCUCUACCGAUAUUUUAGAAAACUCAAAAAGUCGACAAAACAACAAAAUCCAUUGAAAGAAAAAGAUCUAGACAAUUUACCAACUGAAUGUGAUGAAAGAAUAGAUGCGUUGUGGUUGUGGGUGAAUGGAACAGAUCCGACAUGGAUUUCCAAAUACAAAAAGCUUAUUAAUUCCAAUCACGACCCAAACAAAUUCCGAGACUACAACACCCUGUUUUACUCUUUAAGGAGUGUCAAAAUGUUUGCGCCAUAUAUCAAAAAUUACUUUCUUGUGACAGACAACCAAAUACCAAAUUUCCUUGAGCGCCCUUUGAACGAGACUGCUUAUAUACUAAAAGACGGAGAAUACACUUUGGAAGUCGUUUCUCAUCAAGAAAUAAUACAAAAAGAAGUUUUGCCAGUGUUCAGUAGUGAUAACUUGGAAUUGCAUUUACAUAACGUGAAGAACCUCGGGGAGUGUUUUGUGUAUUUCAAUGACGAUUUUAUAUUGAACCGACCAACUCCUUUAAAUUACUUUUUCGAGGACAAAAAAGCCAAAUUGUAUAUCACUGGAAAGACGGGAAGUGUCAAGUUGGUGAAGACAAGAAUGUGGGACAACUCUACUUUUCACAAACACUUUGAUCAAUCGGAAGUUCAUGUAUAA